CUGCUGUCAAAAAUUUUCUCCCGAGUGGCAGAGCAGUGCGCGUCGUAAAUUUCCCGUGCUGGUGAAAAAUUGCAGUGUUGUGCCGGAAAAUCGUUUCAAAUCGUUCGGAAAAUGGUGUCCCGCCAUAAGGACAAAGGCCGUGACCGCGAUCGUGAUCGUGAUGGAGAAUCCAGCCAUUCGCACGGGAAAUCGCGCGAUAAUGAUCGCGACAGGCGAAGAUCUCGUUCGAAAAGCCGGCAUCGCGAUAAGGACCGGGAGCGUGAGCGGGACAGAGACCGUGACCAUCGGAGGCGGAGCAGAAGCCGAUCGCGAGAUCGACGUCGCCGGAGCCGUUCCCGCAGCAAGGACCGAAGGCGUUCGCGAGAGCGAGAGCGUGGUGACCGGUACGACCGGGGAAGCAGUCGGGCGACGGCGGAACGCGAACGGGAACGGGUCCGGGAACCUGAGAACCUGGAGGGCGCCUACGACUACAAGGGAAUCGAGUUUACCCAGAAUGUCAUCGAGUCGAUGAUGUCGACGGCAGCCAAUGCGAAGAGUUUUGCCGAGUUGCUGAACAGUUACAACCAGCAGCAACAGAUUCAACAGCAACAGCAGCAGAUUCAGGCGCAGAAGGCUCUGCUGGAGGCACACAACGAGAGCAGUCAGUCGUCGGAAUUCGGAAGGGAUGGUCCCAGUGGCAGCGGCAGAAGCGACGAUUCCGAACGUCGGCGCAAGAAGAAAUCCCGCUGGGCUGGUGGAGACCACGACAAAACGUUCAUCCCCGGAAUGCCCACGAUUUUGCCACCCGGAAUGUCCCAGGACCAACAGGAAGCCUAUUUAGUUCAACUCCAAAUCGAGGAAAUCAGCCGGAAGCUACGCACCGGGGACCUGAUGAUACCGCAGAAUCCGGAAGAAAGAUCGCCCUCACCGGAGCCGAUCUACAGCAGCGAUGGCAAGAGGUUGAACACCCGUGAGUUCCGAACGAGGAAAAAGUUGGAAGAACAGCGCCACCAGCUAAUCACGCGGAUGCAAUGCAUGAAUCCGGACUUCAAACCUCCGUCGGAUUACAAGCCUCCGGUGAUUCGUGUCAGCGACAAGGUGCUCAUCCCUCAAGAAGAGCAUCCGGACAUCAACUUUGUCGGUUUGCUGAUUGGACCACGUGGCAAUACCCUCAAGGCCAUGGAAAAGGACACCGGUGCCAAGAUCAUAAUCCGUGGCAAGGGUUCCGUCAAGGAAGGCAAAGUGGGCCGUAAGGAUGGCCAACCGCUGCCAGGUGAGGACGAACCACUGCACGCUUUUAUCACGGCUAGUAAUCCGGAAGCGGUGAAGAAGGCCGUCGAUCGGAUCAAGGAUGUCAUCCGGCAAGGCAUCGAAGUUCCGGAAGGUCACAACGAUCUUCGUCGGAUGCAGCUCCGAGAGCUGGCUCAGCUGAACGGAACCCUUCGGGAGACCGAUGGUCCCCGUUGUACCAAUUGCGGUUCCAACGAACACAAGACUUGGCUUUGCCCUGACAAGCCGAACAUUACGACCAGCAUUGUGUGCUCUUCGUGCGGAGGAGCUGGUCACAUUGCCAAGGAUUGUCGAAGCAAACGCCCGGGACAAGGUGGUCCACCUUUGAGCAACAACCAGGCCAAGAUCGACGAAGAAUACAUGAGCCUCAUGGCUGAACUUGGUGAAGGACCUCCACCAGAGUCGAACAACCAGCAUAACUCCCAUUCAUCCAGAUCAUACGGUCUGUUUGAACCCCGACAAGCCCCUCGGCCGCUCAUGCAGACUCCACAUCUCCCGCCUCCUCAUUCGGCUCCACCUGCGCCGCCUACCACAUCCGCCCCCAUGCCAUUAGCCGCGCAGAUGGGUCAAUGGAACAUGCCUCCCAUUCCGGGCCCUCCGCCACCACCGCCAGGAGUGACGCCUUUGAUGUCCUGGGGCCAGCAACCGCCCCCACCCGGAGGAAGUCCGGAUGUCCUACCACCGGGCACGGCUCCCCUACCCCGAUACCCUCAAAGUUACCCUCCACCUCCGCCCGGAGUGUCACAACCUUUGGCACCGGGAACAUCCCCCGUUGGAAUGCCCUCUUGGAGUGGGAACAGUGGCGCAUCUGCCGCUCCGCCGCCUCUGAUGCCUCCAGGAUGGCAGAACGCCACUUCAGCUCCCGGAACCGGCUUCAUCCAGCCCCCUCCAAUGCCAGUUGGGCUACCGCCGGCUCAUCUGCUAAGCGCACCUCCACCACCCCCUCCACCAUCAUCGUAAGCGUACUUUUUACCGGAACGCAGCAGGUAAGCCACGGUUCUCAAACUCUUAUGGGGACAGAACGUUUCUACGUAAUGCUUUUACUGUAACUAUACCUAAUAUAUGAUAUUUGAUAAUGUUUUGCGAAUAAUUCCUACCACAAACUUUGAAUCAAAACGGAUAAGCUUGCUCUAUCGGUCGGUACCUACGUAGUUAAUUGAUAUAGUUCGCAUUAAAUUAUGUUAGAGUUAGCGACAAAUACAACAAAAAAAACCGUUCAAGUGAGGACAAAUUGUAGGAUUU